AUGCUCUCAGAGAAGAAUAAGAGGAGAUUCGAUUUUGUCGAAAGGGUCGAAGAAUGGCGCUACGGGAGCCUAUCGAUCUACGAACGAUCGUCUUUUAUCUUCCGGUUUGCCACGAUCGCGGUGCAUCGGGACGGACACCUCGGAAUCCGCCUCGUCUGCGAGGGGAUGGCACGCCGAGGCGAAAUCAUAGAAGGAGAGCGCCUGGCACGACGAGGAGCGACCACUCGCGACGCCUCGAGUGAGGGACUCGCCUGUCUGCCUCCGUCGCUCCUCCGUGGUCUGAGGCGAUCCGGUCGCCAUGGCGUCGUCCGGGGACGAGGAGGUUCUCGGAGCGCGAGAGAUUACGAUGUGGACCGAGCAGAGAAGAUGUUUCGAGCCCACCUGGAAUGGAGGGAGAAGUGGAGGCCGGAGUACCUGCGGGAUGAGUGGAAGGUCCCCCAAGUGCUCGAGAGAUACGGGGUAUUCGGAUUCAUUGGGUACGACCUCGAAGGAUCGCCUGUGAUGGUGGUCGACCAAGGCGGGAUGGACCUGAAGGGGAUCCUCUCCUCCGCCUCCAAGGAGGAUUACAUCCAAUGGGUCAUCCGGAAUGUCGAGGAAUGUCGGCAGAAGAUGCGCCUCGACCCGGGAAACGGGCCCUCGUCCCAGUUCGUCAUCGUCUUCGAACUCAACGGCUGGUCCUUCUCCAACGUCUUUUCCAAGUCCGUGGUGGAGGUGGGCCUUGCCCUGGUGCAGAUGCAGGAGGCCAACUACCCCGACCACCUCAAGCGCAUCUACCUCCUCAACAUGCCGAGGUUUUUCACAAUGGCGCUGAACAUGGUGAAGCCGUUCCUGCGGCAGGCGACGCUGGACAAGAUUGUCUGCCUGGGGUCGAAGGAGCAAUACGAGCCCGUGUUGACCCAAGCCAUCCCCAGAGUGGUUCUGCCCAAGUUCUGGGGCGGGACCAGGGUCGACGAGGACGGGGAUCCCAAGUGCUCCUCCUUGAUCGGGAAAGGUGGGAAAGUGCCAAAGUCUUUCUAUAGAACCAAGAACAAAGAAAAUAAGACAAACGAAGAGGAGGAGGAGGACAGCAGCGGAGAGAUGCUCGUGGGAACGCUGAAAGGCGGGGAAGCCCUGAGCCUGGAGUGUCGAGUCUCUCAUCCGGGAUCGCUUCUCAGCUGGGAGUUCAGAACGGAGGGAGAGGGGGUGGAGUACUCGCUGUUGCGGCUCGAAGACGGGGAACAGGCGGACGACCAGCAGGGAUCCGUCUCCAGCAAGCAAGUGAGGGAUUGGGAGAGGGUCGACAGCCACCAGGAAACUGUCUCUGGGGAGAACCUCCUCCAGGAGCCCGGUCUCUACUGCCUUCAGUUUCAGUCGCAGCUCGACAGUGAUAGGCUCAGCUACAAAGUCCGUGUCACUAUACCUAAUCAGCUGUGA